UCCACAUGGAAACGUGGUCGGGAUCGCCUAACAAAGCUGCGUAACCGUUGCUAUCUGUAGUUGACAGUGAAUUCUUAUUUAACGUGACAGUUAUUGCAGCAUUUUACCACAAAGUGAAUGUAACGCGCGCAAAUCUUAACGAGCAAUGACGAAAACCGACGACCAAUUUGAUGGAAUGUUGCUGGCAUUGGCACAACAACAUGAAGGUGGUGUUCAAGAUUUGCUGGAUACUUUCUUCAGUUUUCUUGCGAGAAAAACAGAUUUUUAUACUGGUGGAGGCGAAGGAGCAGCUGAAAAGCUUGUAAUGAGCAAAUUCAAAAAAUAUGAAGCUGGUGCUCUCGCCAAAGUUGCUUCUGAUAAAGCAGACAGAGUAGAACAAGAGAGAAAACGUAAGGAGAGACUCGAGAAAAAGAGAAAGGAGGAACAAGCAGAGGAAGAAAAAGUAGACAAUGAUUCUAAAAUAGUUGAAUUAACCGAUGAACAGGCUGUUAAAUUACAAGAAGAAAUAGAUAACAAGAAAUUAGCAAAUGCUGCUGUGACAGGAUCUAGCAACGAUAGUAGCGACAGCGCGAAGAAUGACAAAAGUACCGAUUCGAAGAAUGGCAACGUAUCCGAUGAAGAAGAAGAUGAAAAGGAGAAAAAUAAAUUAAAGCCUAACAGCGGUAAUGGUGCAGACAUGCCGAAUUACAGAUGGACACAAACUCUUGGAGAAGUGGAGAUUAGAGUACCGUUAAAGAUAAACUUUUCGGCCAGACCGAGAGACGUGGUUGUGUCGAUUGCAAAGAAACAUCUAAGCUGUGGACUGAAAGGCCAUCCACCAAUUCUUGCUGGGGAUUUCCCGCACGAGGUCAAACUAGAGGAGUCUACUUGGGUAAUUGAGGACGGAAAAUUAUUGUUGAUUAAUCUGGAAAAGGUAAACAAAAUGCAAUGGUGGGCACAUGUUAUAAUGAGUGAACCAGAAAUUAGCACGAAGAAAGUGAACCCCGAACCUAGUAAACUCUCUGACCUCGAUGGAGAGACAAGAGGCCUCGUAGAGAAAAUGAUGUAUGAUCAGAGACAGAAGGAACUAGGACUUCCAACAUCCGAUGAACAGAAGAAACAAGAUGUCAUCAAAAAAUUUAUGGAGCAACAUCCCGAAAUGGACUUCUCAAAGUGUAAAUUUAAUUAAAAUAAUUUAAUAACGCACUUAAUAUUCCGGUACUAUACAUAUUUUUGAAAUGUAUCGCUUUUCAUUAUUAUACUACAAUAUGCGAUCUUCUAUGCUCGACGUUUUCAUAUCAUUGAAGAAGAAGGUCGGUGCGAUUGCAAAGAUGGCAGCACAAUGAUAGACUAUGUGAUAAUACGGCUUUCUACUAUAAUACGAUCAAAAUAAUAUUUUUUCGAUUAUUCUCUUAAUUCUUUCUUUAUUAGUUUCUUUACACUUUUCUUGCUUAAAAAAAAAAAUAUUGCACAGCUGUUUAAUUUCUGUAUUUACGCUUCUAUU